AGCAAAGCAUUCUCAACGCACUACUUCUGCUAAUACAACAGGAAGUGUUAAGCAAAGAAUCACUUAGCAGAGGAUUGCUGAUUUGCAUGCAAAACUGCAUUCACACAAACAUGUCAAGGGAGGAACAGCAUGUUGUUGGUGAACUGCUGAAUUUGAUGGUGCACGUGAGUCCUGGCAGCUUUGACACAAUUGUGGAGCUACUCGCCACCUUAGCAGAUAAAAAAGUUGAUCUUCAGGGUUUAGUUCUGUGUGUGCUGCUCAGGUUGGGUGUAGAGGAUGCUGAACUGUGGUUAUGUCCAGAAUUAGAGCACUGGAACACUCUGACAAAAGAUGAGCCUAAGCAGCACCAGAGUCUUCGAGACAUGGCCGCCAACUGGCUGUCUACAUGGACCAGAAAGUACAAGGUUCACAGUUGGUCAGUGCUCCUGCACAGUAAAGGAAUAAAGAGUGUGAUCACUCCAAUAGUGGUGCUUCAAUAUUUCUGCUCUGUACAAAAGAACAAACAGGCUCGAGCCCCACCCCCUCCACCUGAGGGCAGGAAAGACACUGUAUUGGUGGCUUCUAGCUUACCUAGACUGAAGUGUAUACAGCGCCUGGGAGAGACAUACAGUAUGUCUAGGAUACGUGAGCCUCAAGGACAUCUUCUGCCACCAUUGCAAUAUCGACCAGAGCUGAUGGGUUUCACACGGUUCCUCUCUCUACCAACAGCUUAUGUCACACUUUCUCCAUUCCCCUUUUCCCUGGACUUUCAGCACUCAAAAAAGCCCAUACCACACAAAUACUUCUUCCUGGAUCGCUCUUAUGUACAGUAUUAUAGAUAAAGUCAAGUUAAGAUAAGAUAGAAUCUUAAAAUACAUAGAUAUUAGUAUACGAAUAACAUGAAAUAAUUCUCACCUGAUUCAGAAGACACUUUCGCCUGUCAUGUUGCUGCAUACAUGAUUGUUGUUUUCUGCAAAAGAUUUUUUUAAAGAUUCUGAUAUGUGUGACCCACGAUAAGUGUGAGAAUUUAUGUUUUCAUAGAUGAAUAAAGGCAAACAUAACAGUUAAGUCUGUUAGCCAUAGAUGGUGAUGGUUAUUUAUAUAUAAUAUCAAUGAAAAGGUGAUGGAAUACUGUGAAAGUGAUUAGUACCAGCCAUGUUUACCUCGACU